GGGACGCGUUUCAUCGCCGCAGACGCACGGCGCAUGUUCCUCUUAAACCCGAGUCCACUUGUGUGUGAGUGACUGACUGACUGGGAGAGAUUUGUUCAUUUCCAGGAACGGGGCCGUGCAACUCUUCAUCACCGGACCGAGAGGAGAAUCCGUCAACGUCAUUUAAACAGAAAUAACUGCUUCGAUUUUUCUCCGGAGUGACUAUGCGCGUCCUGUGCAGAUUGUGAGAGAGAAAAGUCGCCCGUUUGCUCCUAAUCCAAAGGGACAGACCAGGUAGUUCCACAAGGGAAUACACGGGCUCGGAAGAAAUUCCCGUCAGAUUUUAAGUACUUGAGAGAGAUAAGAAGGAGCGUACACAAUGCCACUUGCUCAACUGGCAGAACCAUGGCAAAAAAUGGAGCUGGUGCAGUUGGAGACGGAGAAUGGGCAGAGCACCACUGAGGAUGGGGUCACUUCAGCUGUUAAGCAGUACAAGUCACAGAUCACCUGGAUAGAGAAAGAGUUUGCUGAUGUCAAUGUGAAGGAAGAUGGUGACAUCAAGGAGAUCAACAUCACACAUGUUGUUAAGGAGGGGGCGGAGAAAGCAGACCCCUCACAGUUCGAGCUGCUCAAAGUGCUGGGGCAGGGCUCCUUUGGAAAGGUGUUUUUGGUACGAAAGGUAACCCCUCCUGACAGUAAUCAGCUCUACGCUAUGAAGGUCCUGAGAAAGGCAACACUCAAAGUGAGGGAUCGUGUGAGAACUAAAAUGGAGAGAGACAUCCUGGCAGACGUCAACCAUCCGUUUGUGGUUAAACUCCAUUAUGCUUUUCAGACUGAGGGUAAGCUCUAUCUGAUUCUGGACUUCCUCAGAGGAGGGGAUCUAUUCACCAGGCUGUCAAAAGAGGUGAUGUUCACAGAAGAAGAUGUGAAGUUUUAUCUGGCUGAACUGGCACUGGGUCUAGAUCACCUGCACGGCCUCGGCAUCAUCUACAGAGAUCUCAAACCUGAGAAUAUCCUCCUGGACGAAGAGGGACAUAUCAAACUCACAGAUUUUGGACUGUGUAAGGAGGCUAUCGACCUUGAGAAGAAGGCUUACUCCUUCUGUGGGACAGUGGAGUACAUGGCUCCAGAGGUGGUUAACCGGCAGGGACACAUGCACAGCGCUGACUGGUGGUCAUUUGGGGUACUAAUGUUUGAGAUGCUUACAGGUUCACUGCCAUUCCAGGGAAAAGACAGAAAAGAAACGAUGAGUCUCAUCCUGAAAGCCAGGUUAGGGAUGCCUCAGUUCCUGAGUGCUGAGGCUCAAAGCUUACUGAGAGCUCUGUUCAAGAGGAACCCCACCAACAGACUGGGAUCUGGACCAGACGGAGCUGAGGAAAUCAAACGCCAUUCAUUCUUCAUGACGAUUGAUUGGAAUAAACUCUUUAGACGAGAAAUAAAUCCUCCAUUCAAGCCAGCUGUGGCCAGACCUGAUGACACCUUUUACUUUGACUCAGAGUUCACUUCUCGUACCCCUAAAGAUUCCCCAGGUGUUCCCCCCAGCGCAGGGGCUCAUCAGCUCUUCCGGGGCUUCAGCUUUGUUGCCACAGCGAUGCUAGAAGAGGAGGGCAAAGAAGAGCCCUCUCAGCCCCCUCCACACCCGGUGGUACAGCAGCUUCACGGUAAGAACAUCUUGUUCAGUGACGGUUACAUACUGAAGGAGGACAUCGGCAUGGGCUCUUUCUCUGUCUGCAAACGCUGCAUACACAAAGCAACCAACACAGAGUAUGCAGUGAAGGUAAUUGAUAAAACAAGCACCGACCCAUCAGAAGAGAUUGAGAUCCUGCUGAGAUACGGCCAGCACCCUAACAUCAUCACUCUCAAAGAUGUGUAUGAUAAUGGGAAGCAGGUGUACCUGGUCACUGAGCUGAUGCGAGGAGGUGAACUGCUGGACAGAAUCCUCAAGCUGAAGUUUUUCUCAGAAAGAGAGGCUAGUGCUGUGCUGCACACUAUCACAAAGACUGUGGAAUACUUGCACUGUCAAGGGGUUGUGCACAGGGACCUGAAGCCAAGUAAUAUUCUGUAUGUUGAUGAGUCUGGAAAUCCAGAAUCUCUGCGCAUCUGUGAUUUCGGUUUUGCCAAGCAGCUCCGGGCAGACAAUGGCCUCCUCAUGACGCCCUGCUAUACUGCCAACUUUGUAGCACCCGAGGUACUGAAAAGACAGGGCUAUGAUGAGGGCUGUGACAUUUGGAGUCUUGGAGUAUUACUAUACACUAUGCUUGCUGGUUUUACACCAUUUGCCAACGGACCAGAAGACACUCCAGAAGAGAUUCUGAGUCGGAUAGGGAGCGGGCGCUUUACUCUGACGGGAGGCAACUGGGACGCGGUGUCUGAUGCUGCCAAAGUAGGCCAUGACCCCACCCCCAUCCACACAGCCAUUCAAACUGCUUUCCCUUUGCUUUUACAUCACUGA